AGACCCUCGCGAAGUGCCGACAAGUAAAAGGACGAAGUAGAAAAACAUUCUUUCCUUAAACGGAUAGCGGUAUUCCGGCCACCAAACAUCAAUAUUCCCGUCAUUUACCAUCCCGGAAUUACGUUGACUACAGCAGUUCGGGCCGAAGAGAAACAUGGCUUCGAUAUCUGCCACCGAGAAGCCGCAGAUGCAGCAGAUUGACCUCAACACACUCAAUCUUCAGCAGUUGACUCAGUUGAAAAACCAGCUCGAUAGUGAGUUGCAACUAUUCCAAGACUCGCUCAACACCAUGAAGAUGGCACGAUCAAAGUACUCCGCUUCGAAGGAGGCUCUGGAGAGCUUCAAACCGGACUGGAACGGUAAACAGAUUAUGGUGCCGCUGACCGGGAGCAUGUACGUCCCGGGUACGAUAAAAGAUGCGAGCAACGUCAUUAUCGAGGUCGGAACGGGAUAUUACGUGGAAAAUGAUGUGGACAGCGCCAAAGCGUUCUUCAAGCGACGUGUCGAAUACGUACAGACGCAAAUCGAAAAGAUUGAGCAGCUCGGGAUGGAGAAAUCGAACAUACGAGACGCUAUUCGCGAGGUGAUGGAAAUGAAGCUAGCUCAGUUAAGCAAAGAGAUGCAAAAGAAACGCGAAACAGAAUAGAAUGACCGCCGUUUUCGUUUUCGCCCGUUUAUUUAAAAUCGUUCAUCCUCAUCCCGCGGUAGAGCUUCGAUUGAAUCUAGCCACGGCUAGACCUAACCAUGUCGCCGAAUGUAAGUUCUGUCCGUCGUUGAACGCCAUGGGCUGGCUUGCACCCCAAAAACGUUCGAUAAGAACGUGCUGCUGUCACAGACCGACCACCGGUGGUGCUCGGCAUUGCAUUUACGCGGAAAUAAACUAA